AUGGAGUCCAUCAAGCGAAAGCUUGAUAUCUUACCCGGUACUCUCAGGAGUCAGCCUGUAGAUUCCCGAUCAUUUAGCGAAAAAGCGAACACAUCAUCCUCGGACAUAUGGCAGAGGAAUGGAACAACACCCUAUCUUGGACUUCAAGCUCGUCUUUCGCAAGUAUGGUUCAACAGGUGGACCGUUUUGCUGCUCCUAGUCUUGGUACGAGUUUUACUACUCAUUGGGAGUUUGAACGACAACCUUGGAGAUGCAAAAGUCAAAGCACUGUCAGCAUGUACGAAAGUGGAGGAUGUCGGGAGUGCCAUGGCAUCUAUGCCUCACUACCUAUCUGUCGGCGUCAACCGCCUGGCGGCAUCAGGCAUAACUGAUGUUGUCCAUGGGAUGAUGAAAGUCUUGGAUAUGAUCCUUACAGCUGUUCAGGAGCUCAUCCUUUUCGUCAUCAACAUGAUGACCUCGACAUAUACUUGUCUUAUUGCUGCAGCGGUACACGGAGGUCUAAAUGUCACGGCAGUAGUUGUUACCAAAUCAACGGAUGCCCUCAACGACGUAUUCCCAGCAGUGGCAGACGACCUUGGAAGCGUAACCGACGGCGUCAACAAAGCAAUCGAUGAAGCUUGGAGCUGGAUUGAUGGUCUCUCCGGUCUAUUUGGCGGCAAGCCCAGCAAACCCGAUAUUGAUAUUUCUGCCGACCUCGACAAAAUCAAGAAUUUCAAAAUUGAUUCGUCCGGGUUCGUUUCCGACCUCGACAAGCUGAAUGACGACCUGCCCACGUUCAAGGAAGUGCAGAACUUUACAGCGCAAGCGGUGGCUUUCCCAUUCAAUCUGCUCAAGCAAGUCCUCAACGACACUUACGGCGACUGGAAAUUUGACGAAUCCGUUUUCCCGGUAGCUCAAAAAGAAGCUCUGUCGUUUUGCUCCGAGAACUCUGCGCUCAGCGACUUUUUCGAAAACCUGUUUGAACUAGUAGCCAAAGCCAAAAUUGCCUUCAUCGUGGUGCUUGCUUUGCUCGCUAUUUUAGUAUGCGUUCCCAUGGCUUGGUGGGAAAUCCGAAGCUGGCGGCGUCUCAAGGAUUACCAGACCACAUUUGUUCAGAGAAAAUUCGACGAAACCGACAUGAUGAUGAUGAGCUCAAGGCCAUUCCCCUCGAAAGUAGGACUCAGGUUCUCGGACUGGCUUACUGGCAACAAAGACCAUGGGUCUCACGCUGACCCAAACUCGUCGCAACAAAAGCGAGAGACUCUGACGCGUUGGGCUGUUGCUUACGGUACGACUCUGCCGGCGCUUUUCGUACUGUCUCUUGCGAUUGCCGGGUUCUUCUCUUGUCUCUGUCAAUACAUCAUUCUUGCGGGUGUAGAGAAAGAAGUCCCGGCUCUAGCGAAUCAAGUCGGCGACUUUGCAGGCGAAGUUGUCACAUCUCUACAACGCGUAUCAGAGAACUGGGCAAACGACGCGAACGGUGUCAUGACCAAGCACAGCGACGAGAUCAACAACGAUGUCCUCGGCUACGUGGUGAAUGCCACCGACGCUGUCAACGAUACCCUUAAUGUCUUUACCGACGAGAUGGAUAAAGCCCUGACAACGGCGUUCGAUGGCACCGUUCUGAUGGACCCUAUCAAGGAGGUAGUUUACUGUCUGAUCGGCCUAAAGGUCGAAGCUGUACAGAAGGGCCUGACGUGGGUUCAUGAUCACGCUCACGUCACCUUCCCAUUGUUUCCGAACGAUACUUUCUCAACCGGAGCAGCGAAGUCAAUCGAUGGCGACUCUGACCUCACCUCUUUCCUGGCCUCCCCAAGUUCAGUAAGCACUGACGAAGUGACUGGCGCGGUGACCUCGGUAACAACCCACAUCCGCAACAACAUCAUUCAGGAGGCUUUGAUUUCGACCGCCCUUCUUCUCGUGUACGUCUUGGUCGUCUUGAUCGGCGUCAUGCGGAUGCUAGUCGGCAUGGCCGGUCUAGGUUACGAAGCGAAAGGCAGCACGGGGGAGCCGACUACCGCUCCUCCAUACACAGUGCAGCCAGACUCCACGAUGAGGUCCGUCGGCGAGACCUCCGCAGACAGCAGGAAGGCCGAGUACGCCGACAAAGAUGGCGGCUUUGAGAUGCAAGACAAUCCGUUCGGGAGCGGCUCCUUCCAAACAGGCUCCGCCGCCCGCGUAGCACAACCCUCGGAUCUUCCGAGCUAUCAUCGCAAUCCUGGGCAAUAA